AAGAGGGCGGGCCGGACUCGAGGGGUUGCGCAUGCGCAACAGGCCGUCAUUGCCGGCCUGGAGCAGAGCAGGCUGCGAGGGUCUUUCCUGCGCGGGCGGGGUUUUCAGUUUUGCGGCGCGGCGCCUGGGACUAGCCGCCUUCCCGGUAGCAGGCAGGAAGCCGGAAGGAGUUUCUGAGCCUGCGACUCUGUGGCGGAAGUGGAAGAAGAACGCCCCUCAAGUGUCUGGAGCUGAAAGAUGCGUCCCAGGGAAGGGAACUGUGCUAGCUAAGGAGGCCAUGUUUGACAUUGCUUCUAGAUCUCAUGUCAACACCAAGCACUCAGCUGCUGGUGGCAGCUGCUCAGCAGACGCUGGGCAUGGGAAAGAGACGGAAUCCACCUCGUGCUAUCUGCCUUCACCUAGCUGGAGAGGUGCUGGCUGUGGCCAGGGGGCUGAAGCCAGCUCUGCUUUAUGAUUGCAACUGUGCAGGGGUGUCAGAGCUCCAGAACUAUCUGGAGGAGCUGCAGGGGCUGGGUUUCCUGACCCUGGGACUUCAUAUCCUUGAGAUUGGACAAAACCGCCUGAUUAUCAGUCCUGAGCUCGUAUGUCAGCACUUGGAGCAGGUGCUGCUUGGUACUGUAGCCUUUGUGGAUGUUUCCAUCUCCCAACCUUACCCUUCUAUCUGCUCUCUGGACCAGCUUCAGGACUUGAAGGCUCUCAUGACGGAGAUCAUCGCACAUUUGCAGGGUCUGCAGAGGGACUUAUCUCUCGCAGUCUCCCAUAGCAAGCUUCAUUCCUCAGACUGGAAUCUCUGUACUGUAUUUGGGAUCCUCCUGGGCUAUCCUGUCCCCUAUACCUUUCACCUGAACCAAGGAGAUGACAACUGCUUAGCCCUGACUCCUCUACGAGUAUUCACUGCUCGGAUCUCAUGGCUGCUAGGUCAACCCUCAGUCCUGCUGUAUUCCUUUAGUGUUCCAGAGAGCUUGUUCCCACCUUUGAGGGACAUUCUAAACACCUGGGAGAAGGACCUCAGAACCCGAUUUCGGACUCAGAAUGACUUUGCUGACCUCAGCAUCUCCUCUGAGAUAGUCAUGCUGCCGGCUGUGGCCCUCUGACAUUAACUCUCCUCCCAUGUAGAAGGUACUCAGUAAAUGAUCAUCUCUAGUUUGGGAAUAGCAAAUAGGGAUCAUCUCAAGUGCCAAUUCCAAGCAUCUUUAGAACGCUAGCAGAGAAUGCUAUAAUCAUUGGCCACAUUUGCAAAGGGCAUGAGAAUAGGUGAUGGUGGUAGUGGUAGCAUUGGUAGUACAUAUUUGCCAUUUCUGUACUAAGAAGUCCUCUUGACAGAGAUAUCUUAAUUUUUUACUAGAUAAGAUGUAGAAGUAAAGAGAUGGCAGUGUAAAAGCAGAGUGGUGGAGGACAAGCAGAAUACAAUUGUAUGGUAACCUUGUAAAUAUAACCUGCCCUAUGUGGGUGUUGUCUGCCAGGAGUGUAGACUGUGGGCUUUCCUGCAUGCUUGUAUACUUCAAACUGAGUUUGACUAAACAGAGUAGACCUCCAGUGCACUUAAAUGAUGUGAUACUUGUGAUACUUAUUCAGGAAUAAACCAAGAGUUCUGAGGAA